AUGAAGGAGCGAAACUAUCGUGCCGACUGGGGAGACGUUGUUUCCUUUGUCCAACGCAUGCGCGAGAAGGCCAAGCGGCUUCAAGUCGACUUGUUGGUAGUUGACCCUGGGCUUGAAACAAAGGCGACUUGCAUGACGGGGCCGGACUCAGCGAUCAACGUCUACGUCAACGACACCACGACGAAUGAUAACGAGCUCGUGCCCAUUGGCAGUCGGGUUUGGUACUUCCAAACACCCUACGGAAUUCGAAUCAUGGCAUUUGACAUCAUAUUUGACAUGGACCCGCCUGCCGAUGACACUGAAGUACACCUGGCACACACCAUGAUAGAGGAAGACUGGUUCAAAUCCGCAGUGCAGCACGAGGAUAUCGAUUUGAACGACACCCAGGCAUCCCGGUCCAGGAAAUACGAUGAGACCGUGAGAUGGUUUGCUAUGUCUGGGAUCAAAUCAAACACAUGUAGUGGUGUCAUGAAUCCUCUUGGAGUCUUAAAUCCAACCCGACCAGCGAAGAGUAUCCAACCACAGCCAGGCGCCAGCGAGAACUCUCAAUCACUUGACGCCACUGUGCGGUCAGACUUGAGAUACAGACGGCAAGGACCAAGAGUUGAUACCCCAGAUGGACUUGGAGUCAGCAAGAGAAUCCCAGAGCUUUGA